AGCUCUGAAUAUUUGCCCACGUCUGUAAGAAAACAUACUAAUUACUGUGAACAAACACACUCUGAUGUGCAUUUCUUUGUUCUCACAGCAGAGACUGGCAGGGUUUAUGAAGCAAAGUGUUGCUCAGUUUCGAAGGCAGCUAGUUCCCCCAUUUUGCGUGAAUCUCUUCCUACCAAACUGUCGGUAAGUAGGUACCAGACUGCACGGGUUUACGUCCUAGAAACAGCAAAGCUACUCUAAAAAUUUACAUUGCAGAGCCCCAAAAAUGCUUUUGUAUUAUGCCCUGCAACUUCAACCAGUUCAAUAUAGGCCAUCACCUAUCACGACUUCCUUUGCUAGUCGGAUUGUCAUGUGUAAGAGGCGAGAAAGGGCAUAAAACAGUAAAAAAUGUUUAAGGCUCCCACACACAGACGCGAUACUCAGCUCGGUACGGUACGGGACGAUAUCUAAUUACAUUGCGGUAAAUGGAGGUCCGCACACUGGCGCGGUACUCCGAGGAGCGCGAUAUUAUCGCAGUCGGUAUAUCGCCUCGGUAUUUCGGUCUACCAAGCGCACUCGGUAGACCGCUCGGUAUCGCAGCGGUAAAUAGUCAUGGAUCCGUCUUUGGGGGAAGUUUUGCUUUUAGCUGUCGCUCUUGACGAAGACGAAGGUGAAUCCCGGCGAAAGAGACGAAUCACUUGGGUUCAUGAUAUAAACUUGUCAAGAGAGGAACUGGGUGAGUUUUAUACAUUGAUACCUCAACUCCUGAAGGACGAAAAACGGUUCUACAUAUAUUUCAGGAUGAAAAUUGAGAGGUUUGAUGAAAUCCUGAGAGCCAUCGGGCAAGAAGAUAUCAUUAAACAAUAUACCAAUUGCCGGAGGCCUAUUCUUGCCAUUAAGUGGAGGAUUUUUUUGAGACCCAUAGAACUGAAAGGAGGAAAUAUAAAACACAUUGUAUCAGCAGCGUGUUUGCUUCAUAAUUUUCUAAGUCUCAAAAACUGUGAUGAAAAGUACAGGGAAGAACUGCUACGAGUGGAGCCAUUGGAAGGAGAAAUGUUCCCUAUCCAGCCUUUACGUCUCCCAAUGGCGGCAAACGUUAGCUACGCCAUUAGAGAGCGGUUUGUUGCGUACUUCAACUUGAUGACUGCCCCAGGAAUUCGUGUUAGUGAACGGAACUGGUGCAUAGCCUACACUAAGAAUGCCCACAGUUACUGUAUACUUAACCCUAUAUAAAUAUAUGCAGAUUUUUCUACUUGCUGUCUCUGUUCAUUGUAACAGCCAAUUCCUUCCACUUUCUAUCCUUAGCACGUGAAUCCUUGUACAUCGGAUGACGAGUAUCGUACAAUAAAGCAUUUUCUUUGACGAACUCUAUUAUUUGUUCCAUUUGGCUACCCAUGUCAUUUCACGUACGUAAAGAUACUGAUUGAGUGUGAGUCAUGGCCAACUGGUUAUCGGGUGUCAAAGAUUCCCGAGUUCCGAGUGUCGCGUCUGUGUGCGCGGCCCACUCGGUAAACAGCCGCUUUCGUCCCGAGUGCUAUAUCGUCCCGAAUCGUAUCGCGUCUGUGUGUGGGAGCCUAUUCUACUACAAGCAUAACCCUCAGAAUGGUCGCUCCGAAGUCUAGCUGAAUCCCAACUAAAACUUGCAACUGCGGAAUAAUAUCACGUACACCAUAAUUUGUAAAAAUAUGAGGAAACUUAAUGAUUCCCCAAGGAAUACCCAAAACUUACACACUUCCAUUAAAAACUUAGUAUCCGGUAACACAGAUGCAACAGUUACGCCUACUCGCUGUGGUGGUGGUCACUUGCGUCACUUGUGGCCUUGGUACCAUAGGCGACACAUAGAAGACCGAGAAGACAGA